AUGGCUUCUCUCAAUCUCUCAUCCAAUGGCCCCUCGAUAUCGAAAAGCUACCAGACAGUGGUAAAUGCACCACUCACAUCUGGAAAUGAAGGUUCUCCGACUUAUGGUCAAUGGGCUGUCUUUUCGGUAUCUACCCCGCUUGUUAGUGCUUUCCAGCAAGACGGAAGCAAGGAGAGUGUCCUCAAAGUUCAGAGCACUGGAGAGGGUGAAUUGGCCGAUCUCAUCGAGGAAUUCUCCGAAGGACGGGUGCAAUUCGCCUUCGUUAAGGUCACAGACCCGAACACUCGACUUCCCAAGAACGUACUGGUCGGGUGGUGCGGAGAGGGUGUACCAGAACGAACAAAGGGUUAUUUCACUAGCCACUUGGCUACAGUUUCCAAGUUCCUGCAUGUGAGGAGGAUACCAUGUACAGGUCACAGCUCGAGCGGAUGGGGAUCUAACCCCCGAAGGAAUAAUCCAGCGAGUCGCAGAUUCCUCCGGCUCCAAGUAUUCAGCAGGCGAGGCCUCUGCGCCGGCCCCAGCCCCCGGCCUGCCGUGGCCAGCAAGCCUGCUUUCACGCCAACUCGAUCUGGGGGAAUUUCCUCAAGUCCCGCUCCCCGAGUGCCUCCCGCAUCUUCAAGAGCUAGCCACGUGGAUGAUGAUGGAUGGGGCGCAGAUGCCCCUCCAGUGACUCGCACCCAGUUGGAAAAGGUUCAACCCGCUUACCAGCCCACCAGAGUGAAUCUACAAGAACUCAAGGCGAACCCCACGGCCAGUCGUCAAUCCCCCGCUGCUGUCUCGGAUGAUUCUGGGGAUCUGGUUAGAGGUGGUUACCAGCCGGUAGGUAAAGUCGACAUUGCUGCAAUUCGGAGGCAAGCUGCCGAGUCUGGUCAGUUGAAAGACGAGCGCCCGGCGAUUGUCAAGGGGUCAUAUGAGCCCGUUGGCAAAGUUGACAUUGCUGCCAUUCGAACCAGAGCACAGAAGCCAGAGGGCACUGAUGGCCACGUCUCAAAUCCCACAGUCAAUCAACCCUCAACCACGUUGCCCGAACGACCUGCACCCUCCAGUGCAGCGGAGCGCUUGACCAACCUACCAAAACCCAAGGUUGCCAACAAAUUUGGCUCUACCCCAUCAUUUCCAGGAACUAAACCACCGCUGCCAAUCGGUCUUGAGCCCAAGCCAAGCUCGAGCGCCCAGAUUGGUGCCGCGAGCCGCACUUUCGCCGACGAGGGGGGCAAAACACCUGCUCAGAUCUGGGCCGAGCGUAAGGCUAGGGAGCGUGGAGAGAUCCCGCCAUCCGGAGGUGCAAAGCCUACGCCAACUCCCGGCCCUGCCCCUACCGCGAUCCAGAGCCAACCUAGUGGCCAGGGCGAGUGGAAGAGCUCGUAUGCGGGCAAGUCAUGGGCCCCCGUUCAAACUGCACAGGAAAGAUCACUUCUUCCUGAGCAGCCUGCCGAUGCAAAAGCCCAUGACCACGAAGAGGAUAAGCCACAGUCUCAUGUGAGUGAUAUUCGUGACCAAUUCUCUCAUGACGCGCCGGCGCCGUUCGCGCCCCCGGCUCCCCCAGUUCCGCAGGCCAGUCGCCCGAUCCCUGUGCCGGGCCUGUCAUCUGGGACCACCGAGUCGGAGCCUGAGCAUGAUGCCCAGCAGGCUCUUCCUACUCCCCCACCGCAGCCUCGUUCCCCGACACCUCCAACCCCACCGGUGCGUGAGAGCUCGCCGAUCCAAAUUGCGAUGCCAGUUGGCCACAGCGUUGCCGACCGCGUUACCGACGCCCACGAAGAACAGCAGUCUCCCCCUCCUGUUAUGCCCAUUCAGAGCCUGCAGGAAGCUGUUCCAGACGAGAGGGAUCUUGAAGAUGAUUCUCACGACCUCGGUCGUGCUGCGGCCGAAGCCUCCGCUCAUGAGCAGCAGCAGCCUGGACAAACCCGGGCCGGACCUCGGGCCCAGGUCCAGUAUGACUAUGAAAAGGCCGAGGACAAUGAGAUUGAAUUGCGAGAGGGAGAGUAUGUGACCGAUAUCGAGAUGGUAGACCAAGAUUGGUGGGUGGGUGUCAACACUCUCGGUGAGCGUGGUCUCUUCCCUGCCAAUUACGUGGAAAUUGUGGAAGACAAAGAACUCGUGUCACAUGAACCAUCAGCUGGUUCCCAUCAAUUUGAAGCAGAGCCAGAACCUGCUGCUCCUGUCCCAGCCACUCCCACUCCUGCGGCUGCACCGCCGGCCGCUGCUUCUUCGGGUUCUAAAGGUAUCACUGCUACGGCUCUGUAUGAUUAUGAAGCCGCCGAAGACAACGAAAUUGGGUUCCCUGAAGGCGUGCAGAUCUCAAACGUGGAAUUUCCGGAUGAUGACUGGUGGCUCGGCGUGUACAAUGGCAAGCAAGGUCUAUUCCCUGCCAACUAUGUUCGCCUGGACGAGUGA